AUGGCCAUUCCUCACUCUCCAACAUCUCGGCACUCUACAUCUCCUCCAACUACACAUGCCACAAAGAGCCUCCCAUACAGACAUGUUCCGGCCGGAUCAAAUAGCUCGUCCACAACGGCGACCAGCAUCAAACGGAGCAGACCGGGGACCCCUGCCAACCGCCAAUCGCCACCUCCUCGCUCCAGGGAAAGCUCUGGAGCGUACAGCUACAUCACUCCAGCUGCAUCAGAUGAUGAGGUAGAUGACAGUCUUGAUGACUCUGGCAGUGAUGAAUCCGAUGUCGAGUCUUGCUGCGGAGAUCAGCAUGACGAAAACAUCUUGGCAUCAUCUUCACACAGGUUUCAGCAUGUAGUGCAACCGCUUUUGGACCACUCUCUUAGGAGAGUCCGGGAGUACAUAGACAUUGCACAAUACGAUGUACCAUCCGACAAACAAGAGCCUCCUCGCAAACGCUCACGGUCAUCAAACUGGCAGUCAGAGCCCUCAACACCCAGCAACAAAGAGCACAGCGACGAAGAAUUCGUGGUGGUUUCGCCACCAAGAGGCAAAUUGCGCUUCUCUUGCCCCUUUUACGCGUCAAAUACGCAAAAGCACCAACAAUGCCUCAAAAAGCAUGACCUGGUGACUCUUGACAAAGUCGUCACACAUGUACAGCGUCAUCACAUGAGGGCUCCUUACUGCCCGAUAUGUUCUCAAGUAUUUGACUCUGUGGGUCAAUGCGACAACCACAUUAUCAGGAGAGAGUGUGAGCUACGUGAAUUGGUGCUGCCGGAAGGCAUCAAUUACUACCAAAAGGCCAAGUUGGCGAGGGACGACAAGCCGAAUCUCAGCAACAAGCGACGCUGGGAGCGUAUCAAUGCUACCGUCUUCCCUAGUGAGAAGUCACUUUCCUCGCCGUAUCUGGACAGGGGGUUGGGACUGGAAGUUUCCAUGGCCCGGGAUUACUGGGAGAAGCAUGGCCGGACAGUCGUUUCGGACUUCCUGAAGGAACAAGGGACGCUGGGGGAGGCUGGGCAAGAUGACGAGAGGGCCCAAGCAGCGCUCUUGCGUGAGAAGGAAGGAGGAUUUAGGGCGGAAGAUGUAGUGGCGAAGUGUUAG